AUGAAACGGUUUUUAACUAGAAGCAGUAGAAGGUCAGAUGAUAAAGAAAAUAUUGAUGAUAAUACCAAUAGUUCAGGUGUAAUGAUGCCUACAAAAUCAAAUCAAUCAGAUAAUUCUCAUGAUUCAAUAAGAGAUCUAAGACCAAUAUUCAAUAAAAAUGAGAAGACUCCACAGUAUUUCGAUAUGAAUUUAAAUCCAUCAAUUUCAAUAACUAAUUCAAAACCGAUGACAAUUACACUGUCAUACAAAGACUCAUUAUUUUCAAGUAGACAAUCAUAUUCCACAAAUCAAUCAUUGCCGAAUACUGCUAAUUCCAAAAGACAACAAAAUUAUGAAUAUGGUCAACCUUUACAAAUUUUAAAUAUCGUGGAGGAGGAUAUAAGUGACUCUGGGGACAUUGUAAAUGAGAAACUUGGUCAAUUGUUUCAAGAUCUAAGUUAUAUAACCUCCCAAUUUAAUAAUUCACUUACUAAUUUAUCUGCUAGUGUGAUUGACUCCAUAGAUUGUUUGAAAAGUUUUACAAAUUAUGUAAAUACCUUAAAUUUCGAUACAAAUAUUACAACAUAUAACAAUAGUUCAUUACGAAAGAUCUUUAAGAUAUAUUUAAAUUAUUAUGAUAAUUUAUUGAAAGAUGAUGUAUAUAUUAAACUUAAAUUAUUACUCGUGAAGCAUUUUGACGAAUUUAUAAAGACAAUAAAUAAAGAUGUUAUAAUUGAUCCAGAUGUCAUUUUAAAACCUAUAAAUUAUGCAAUAGGAUCAAAUAAAGAUCAUUUACCAAAUGAAGAUAAGUUAAUGAAUAUCAUAGAUAAAAUGAUAACCACCACCCAACCAUUUAAGGAACAAAAUGGAUCAUUCAUUGCUCCUAUAACAAGAGGACUCAGUCCUGAUCUCAACAUACUUUGUUUAUACUUUGGAUAUCCUAAUCCUUCAGAAUAUCAUUAUAAACAAGCACAAACCUUACAUGAUUUAUACGAUGAUGUUCAUAUAUUAGUAAUGAAGAAUAAAAUAGAAUUAGCUGCAACUUCAAAAUUUAAAUUCCCAUUUAGAGUACCGUUAGAUGUAAACUCCCCGCCAAUUUCGAUUUCAAUUUCAACUGACAACUCAAAUAAAAUUUCAGGAACUUUAGGUGGUUACAUUUAUCCAAAAAUUAAUUUACAAAAACAACCAAAAUUAAAAUCUUAUGCUAAUUCUAAAUUUGCAAUUAGUUGUGGUCAUGUGUGUCUAGAUACUUCUAAUCCAUCAAAUUAUCCACAUAUUUCAGCUCCGUCAACAUCUUUAAUAUCAAUGUAUAAAAAUGCAUUAGUACAACAAUAUAAAAACACAAAUCAAAACGACAUAGAACUGAAACAAGCAUAUUACAAAGCCAUAGAAGAAAUAGGUGACUUAUUUCCAAUGAAGAGGUCCAAAACAAAUAAAACUGAGACUGAAUUACGUAAUCUUCCACAAGUCAGAUUUGGACAGAUUAUAUGGGGAGAAAGAACACUAAUCAACUUAAACCUCAAGAAUGAAAUAUCAGGUCUACAAGAAAAGAAACUAUCAGAUUUAGCAAUCAUCAAAGUCAAUAAACUGAUAAAUUGUCAUAAUUUUUUGGGUGAUGAUGUUCCAUGGAUGGAAUACGAUCCAUCAUUAAUUUAUGAAAAUUUAUACAUUAGAAAAGUCCUAAACUUAAAAAGAUACAUUCCAAAACACAUAGAUGAAAAUAUAAAUGAAAUAGAUUCAAAUGUCUCAGAAAUGGAUGAAAUUAAUAGUUAUUAUGGAGUUCCAGUUUUUAAGUAUGGGUCAACUACAAAAUACACACGUGGUUAUCUUAAUGGAAUCAAAUUAGUUUAUUGGCUAGAUGGUGCAAUCCACUCCCUGGAAUUUAUAGUCAAUUCAUUAGAAUCAAAUUCUUGUUUUGCUUCUGGUGGAGAUUCUGGAAGUUGGAUAUUGACUAAAUUACAAGAAUUGAACAACGCUAAAGGAUUGGGAGUUAUUGGUAUGUUACAUUCUUAUGAUGGUGAAUAUAAACAAUUUGGAUUAUUUACACCAAUGAAUGAAAUUUUGAAUAGAUUGAAAGAAGUUACAAAUAUUGAAUGGGGGGUUUUAGGUUGCGAAGAAGAGAAAAGUAAGGAUAUUAAUGAUGAUAUGAUUGAUGAAAGUAUAUUAGAUUAG